AUGCAAUACGCUACCUCCCUGUCACAGCCACCGAUAUACGCUGCUCCCGCUGCUGCAGCUGAUGAUGAUGACUCGGAUGACGACGACGAUGAUGAUGAUAAUGAUGAUUCGGAUGUAGAUGAUGAUGAUGAUGAGGAGGAUGAUGAUGAAGAUGAUGAUGAUGAUGAUGAUGGUAAUCGCGGUAAUGAUGAUGAUGAUGACCGUGAUGACUCAAUUGAUUCGGAUGAUGAAGAUCCAGGCGAUGUUUAUGAUGAUGAUGAAGAUGCUGAUGAUGACGAUGAUGAUGAAUAUGAUGAUGAUGAUGAUGACGAUGAUGAUGAAUAUGAUGACGAUGAUGAUGAUGACGACGAUGAUGCGGAUGAUGUUGAUGAUGAUUAUGAUGAUGUUUCGGAUGAUGAUCAAGCCGAUGAUGAUGACGACACUUCGCAAGAUUAUUCGCAUGAUGAUGAUGAUGAUGAUGAUGUUGAUGAUGAUGAUUUGGAUGACGAUGAUGAUGGCGACGAUGAUGACGGUGACUGGGAUGAAGAUGAUGAUAUUCACGAUGAUGAUGAUGAUUCUGGUGAUGAUGAUGAUGAUGCUGAUGAUGAGGAUGAUUAUGAUGAUGAUGAUGAUGGUGAUGACGACGAUGAUGAUGACGAAUAUAAUGUUGAUUCGGAUGAUGAUGAUAAUGAUGGUGAUGAUGAUGAAUAUGAUGAUGAAGAUGAUGAUGGUGAUGAUGAUGAUGAUGAUGUUGAAGAUGAUGAUGAUGAACAUGAUUCGGAUGACGAUGAUGAUGAAGAUGAUGAUGCUGCUGCUGAUGAUGAGGAUGAUGGUGAAGAUGAUGAUGAUGACGAUGAUGAUGAUGAUGAUGAUGAUAACGAAGAUGACGAUCAUGAUUAUGAACAUGACGAUAAAGAUGACGAUGAUGAUGAUGAUGAUGUUGAUGACGAUGUUGAUGAUGAUGAUGAUGAUGAUGAUGAUGAUUAUGAUGAUCAUGAUGAUGUUCAUGAUGAUGAUGAUGAUGAUGAUGAUGAUGAUGAUGAUGAUGAUCAUGACGAUGAUGAUUCGGAUGAUGACGAUGAUGAUGAUGUUGAUGAUGAUGAAUAUAAUGCUGAUGAUCAUGAUGAUUUAAAUGAUUCGGAUGAUGAUGAUUAUGCGGACGAUGAUAAUGAUGAAUCGGAUGAUGAUGAUAAUCAUGAUAAUGAUGAUGACGAUGAUGAUGAUGAUGAUGAUGACUCGCAUGAUGAUGAUGAUGUUGAUGAUGGUGGUGUUGCGCACGAUUAUUCGCAUCAUGAUGAUGAUGAUGAUGAUGAUGAUUCGGAUGAUGAUGAUGGUGAUGAUUCGCAUGACGUUUCGCAUGAUGAUGAUGAUGACGUUUUGGAGGAUGAUGAUCAUGAUGAUAAUGAUUCGGAUGAUGAAGAUCUUGGCGAUGUUUAUGAUGAUGAAGAAGAUGCUGAUGAUGAUGCUGAUGAUGAUGAUGAAGAUGAUGAUGAUGAUGUUGCUAAUGACGAUAAUCAUGACGAGGAUAAUGACGAUGAUUAUUCGUAG